CUGCCUUUUAUCAAUGAUCGCUUAUUGUUGCUAGUAGUGAAUGACCGUCUAUUCGCCUCGAUUCUCAACCCACCAUCCGCUUUCAACCUCCGUUUCAAAACAAAAUUAACUACCUUUUUACAAGAUGAGCAGAAAAGAGGAUAACUGUCAAUAGAAUUGCAUCUGUACUAACUGGAUUCAGAAAGGUUGGGUUUGCGCGUAGAGGCACUUUGAUCGCGUGUAGCCUUUCCGGUAGGCUAUCCUCAAGAUGGAAAAGCAAAAACUCCUUCUCAUUUUCUUGAUAUCAAAUCUGCAAUUCUUACUUUCAACAGCAACUGAUUACUGCGUUAUAGGUGCAGGCCCUUCAGGGCUUCAAAUGGGAUAUUUUUUGGAGCGUGCUGGCAGAGACUAUGUAAUUUUUGAAAGAGACACUUCUGCAGGAUGGUUUUACAAAAAAUACCCCCGACAUAGAACACUAAUAUCAAUAAACAAAAGAUUCACAGGACAAACAAAUAAAGAGUUUAACAUGCGACAUGACUGGAAUUCAUUGAUAUCAGACGACGAAUCCCUGCUUUUGAAGCAUUAUACAAAAGAAUUCUUCCCACCAGCUGACAAAAUGGUUGAAUACCUGCGCGACUUUGCGACACGUCUGAAUUUAAAGGCGAAGUAUGGGGUCAACAUCAGGCGCGUCGUUAAACAUCCUGAAAAUGACACUUUUACUUUGUAUGACAAGAAAACCAACCCAUAUCAGUGCAAAUAUUUGAUUGUCAGUACUGGUCUUUGGGUUGAAAAUAAUCCAAAAAAUAUAUCAGGGAUCGAAAAUACUGUGUCUUAUUCGAAAAUGUCCGUUAAUGCUGAUGAUUACGAGGGAAAGUCUGUAUUUAUCAUUGGGCGAGGGAAUUCCGCAUUUGAGACAGCUCAACACUUGGCGGGUGCAGCGAAUUACAUCCACAUGAUGUCAAGGGAAAGAGCGAGGUUCUCUUGGGAAACGCACUACGUUGGGGAUUUAAGAGCGGUAAACGAUGGACCAAUUGACACAUACCAGCUCAAGUCACUUGAUGGCCAGUUCGAGGGUGACAUACGACAUAUGAAUUUCAAUAAAAACAAAGAAGGAAAAAUCCAAGUCGGAGGAUCAGGAGAACCUGACAAUAGUGCUGUUCGAGAGCCAUAUGACGUCAUUAUUAGAUGCAUGGGUUUCAAGUUUGAUUUUGGAAUCUUUGACAAACCAGUAAGACCAAAGAGGGCUGAUGGUCCGCGCAAGAAAUACCCAAUGAUACACCAUAAUUAUGAAUCGACAGUGACAAAAAAUAUCUUUUUCGCUGGUACAAUAACCCAUUCAUUAGACUGGCGAAAAUCUGCCGGUGGUUUUAUCCAUGGAUUCAGAUAUACAACUCGAGCCUUGCAUCAUUUGUUGGAAUACCGCAACCACGGCGUUAAAUGGCCACACCUCACACUACGAAAUACUGAACUUCUAAAUACUUUAACGAAGAGACUCAAUGAAGCAUCCGGCAUUUACCAAAUGUUCGGCGUUUUGGUUGAUGUCAUUGUACUCCAAGAUGAUGGCCAGUUUCAAUACUUCGAAGAAUUUCCAAAGGGCCUUAUACCUGAAUUUCAAAAGCACACAGGUGUACCAUUCAAAAGAGGAAUUGUUCUUAAUCUAGAAUACGGGAAGAAUUUUUCAGGCCCAGGUUCUGAUCCAUUCAAAGAAGAACGUGCAGUCGGUGAAGUAGUGGACGCCCACCUCUCAAACUUCUUGCAUCCUGUUUUGUAUUAUUACAGCUCACCAGUCACGAAUUUAACAUCAGAAGGAGACUUGCCUCGUCCUGAUUUCCUUCAUCAUAUUCUCGAAGAUUUUUUGGCUAUGUGGGACGCCCUUUUGCAUCACCAUUUGCCUUUGCGUUGGUUCUUGGAAAAAGCUGUUGGGGAAGACUUGAGGCAUUUCUUUGCUGAAGACUGUCUGCAGAUCGCUAUGAUAAGCAAGAAUUUACCAAUUUAUUGCAGAGAGCACUACUUAAAAGGAUCGAUGCUGGAUAGACCCUCUGAAACUCAUGAUCAACUUGUUUUAGAGUUACAGGCGAAGGCAUCCGAGGCAGCUUAAGAGCUUGCUAGCUAGACUCUUCUUCAACGUGAAUGUAAACAACUGUAAACUAGUUACUUUGUCUACGACUGGUAACCAAAGCUAUGAAGUCUGACACAUCUAUUCCAUUUCUUGCUUGCAUGUUUGAGAUUAAGCUUAAGUUGUUUAAUAUUGAGGAAGGAGUCUUUAGGAAUGAAAUUGCAAACAGAAAAAAACGGAACAUAAAAUUCCACCUCUACCUUGUAUGUUGUUACUUUUUCCCAAAAAAGUAAGAUCAGUUAUGUCUUCAGACAACAAGCAAUGCCCCCUUACUUGAUUUACGUUUAUGACAACAUUGUAUUAAAAAGGUAUUUUUAGAGCUAUUAUGCAGAAUUCAAGGGGGGUGUCUAUCUUACCUGUUUAGUGCUUUCUUAAAAACGCAAACAUAAAUUUCUUGCCAAGUUUACCACCGUUGGAAGUUUUAAAAUCUUUUGUAUUAAAUGCUCUGAUGUGACACUGUUAGCCAACAAUUCAACCAUGGCUGAAAUUUGGCUAGGGUGAAAGGACUCAGUCUUCUGUAUGAUUUAGCUUGUAACUAUUCGAUUUGUAUCUUUUGCGUUUCCAUUGUGAAUUACUGGUAAAACACAAAUCUUCUUGGUGGAGAUUUUUAGAAAUAACCGCUAUUUAUUACCUUAUCCUGUCUACUUAUUUGAUAAUGAAGAUUUUAAAUUCUAACUAUCUUAUAAAUUCACAUGUAUCUAAUUUUAUUGUGUUAUAGCUUGCAAUAAAUAACGUUCCUUCAUUCUUAA